AUGGACGAUAUGAUAUUGGAUGAUUUGUUUGAUUCGGUCGAUGAUGACCAAACUCCUUGGAGUAAUCUAAACAUCAUCAUCUCUGAUUCUGAAACAGAAGUUAAAGAAUUAGAGGAACGUACGAAUAAGAGCAUCACGAGGUUAUCGAAGGAUCUUUUUCACUCAAGAAAAAUAGAAAAUCUGAAACGUAAAAUAGCCAAGAUUGAAGCUUAUUUGACUGGUAAGAAUAGCCGUUUGAAGAAAAGAGAGAAACCUAAGGAACGAUGUAUGGAGAAUAAUAAAGCACAAAACUCGAGGGAGGAAGUGAAACUCACGAAGAAAGAGCUUGAUGAUCAUAUUAGUUUAGGUUUUUGGCUUGGCUUCGCCAUUGGGGCAACUACUUUUGGACUCUUAUUUGGUUCGCUUUUUUCUGCUGCGUCGGAAAGUAAGAGUUGA